AUGGCCUAUGAGCAAGGGACCCCCGAUAGGGUCCCUCCGGACCAGCCGGAUCCUGUCAUGGUCGGCCCCGGACUGUCUACGCUAGGAGAGGGCGCUUACAAAAGGGCCUCGACUGUGACUCCGGCCGUCGUCUCUGACGGCAAACCCAGCGAGCCCGCUGCGAAGGAAGAUGGCCCAUCGUAUUUCUCCGACGUCCCCGGCACAACAUCCACCAAAGACGCCUAUGCGAAAUCUCCUGCUACCCCCGCGGAGGCUGCAUCAGGCGCCACGUCCGGCCCGGAACUUCUGCGUCGCCUCAGUCUCGUGGGAGGAGGCCUCACGCCGGCGUCUCCGGUGUUAGACCCGCGGACUGCCCACCCGGGGCUGAAAUUGUCAGGCAGGAUCAUCAGCGCCGCUUUCUGUAUUCCAUACAAAGUAGCCUUCGAGCCAGGAUCGGAUUGGGAAUUGAAACCCCGACCAGGCACGUCCGCGCUCUUUGACUCAUUCGCCCAUCUCGCCUCCGACAAGUCGCCGUGGUCGCAUAUUCUCGUCGGCUGGACGGGCGAGGUGGAACCCAUUCAGAAAGAGCAAAGGCCUCCGUUGCAACCCGUCUCAGCAAAUGGCACUCCGGCAGCCAUCUCUACGCUCGCAACCGGGCCUGCGACGCAGCUCGCUAUGCAUAAAGUGGCAGCGCCGGUCCCUGUCGGGUACCACCAGAAACCCAGCCAUCCGGUCGUGGAGGGCGUCAAGGUGUCCAAGGCGGAUCGCGAUCGUCUCGAGUCCCAGCUGCGGUCGAGCAAGUACGGCAAGAUCUUCCCCGUCUGGCUGUCGGCCGAGUCCGACGAGCCCAGUGACGACAUCUGGCUCAAGGACCAGUCUCGCUGGAGGCGUUAUCCUGAGCGGGCCCUCUAUCCUCUGCUGCACUACAAACAGAAUGGUCCGACAGACGGCCGGUCAGAGCGCAAGUGGUGGACGGACUAUUUGCGCAUGAACCGACUCUUCGCCGAUCGGAUUGCUGAGAUAUACCAGGCGGGUGAUAUCGUUUGGAUCCAUGACUACCACCUGUUCUUGCUCCCCAGUCUGCUGCGGCAGCGGAUCCCCAACAUUUACAUCGGCUUCUUCCUGCAUGCGCCGUUCCCCAGCAGCGAAUACCUGCGCUGUCUGGCCAAGCGAAAGGAAGUGCUCGAGGGCGUGCUGGGAGCCAACAUGAUUGGCUUCCAGACCUACUCAUACUCGCGGCAUUUCUCGUCCUGCUGCACGCGCAUCCUGGGCUUCGAUUCCAAUCCAGCGGGCGUAGAUGCCUACGGAGCCCAUGUCGCUGUGGAUGUCUUCCCAACCGGUAUCGAUGCGCAAAGUGUGCAAAAGUUGGCCUUUGGCGCCCCCGACAUCGAAGAGGUGGUGCUGCGGAUUAAGAAACUGUAUGCGGGCAAGAAGAUCAUCGUGGGCCGGGAUCGACUCGACAGCGUCCGUGGAGUGGCCCAGAAGCUGCUCGCCUUCGAAACCUUUCUGGAUCGGUACCCGCAAUGGCGGGAAAAAGUCGUGCUGAUCCAGGUCACCAGCCCGACCAGUAUGGAGGAGGAGAAGGAGGACCCCGAAAACAAGAUUGGCAGCCAGGUGUCGAAUCUCGUGUCAACCAUCAACGGCCGCUUUGGCUCGCUGAGUUUCACGCCCGUGCAGUACUAUCCGCAAUACAUCUCGCAGCAGGAGUAUUUCAGCUUGCUGCGGGUGGCUGACGUGGGCCUGAUCACCAGUGUUCGCGACGGCAUGAACACGACCAGCUUGGAGUACGUUCUCUGCCAGCAGAACAACCACGGACCGCUUAUCCUGUCCGAAUUCUCGGGGACGGCGGCCAUGCUUCCCAGUGCGAUCCAUAUCAACCCGUGGGAUCUGAGCGGCGUGGCAGCCGCGAUCGAUCGGGCCUUGACCAUGAGUGAGGAGGAGAAGGCUGAACAGCAUCGCAAGCUCUACAAGCAUGUCACCUCCAAUACAGUCUCCGCCUGGUCGCAGCAGUAUCUCAACCGUCUAUUGACGAACCUGUCCUCGUUUGACCAGUCGAUCGUCACGCCGGCCCUGGACCGGAGCAAGUUGUUGAAACAGUACCGCAAGGCCAAGAAACGGCUCUUCAUGUUCGAUUACGAUGGAACGCUGACCCCGAUCGUCAAGGAUCCGCAGGCUGCCAUCCCGUCGGAUCGCGUCUUGCGGACGAUCAAGACGCUGGCUGCGGAUCCGAAGAACGCCGUGUGGAUUAUCAGCGGCCGGGAUCAAGCGUUCCUGGACGAGUGGAUGGGUCAUAUCCCGGAACUGGGGCUGAGCGCCGAGCACGGCUGCUUCAUCCGCAAACCGCGCAGCGACGACUGGGAGAACCUGGCCGCGCAGACGGACAUGGGCUGGCAGAAGGAGGUCAUGGACAUCUUCCAGCACUACACCGAGCGGACGCAAGGGGCGUUUAUUGAACGGAAGCGCGUGGCGCUGACCUGGCACUACCGCCGCGCGGAUCCGGAAUACGGCGCGUUCCAGGCGAAGGAGUGCCGCAAGCACCUGGAGGAGACGGUGAUGAAGAAGUGGGAUGUCGAAGUGAUGGCAGGGAAGGCCAAUCUCGAAGUACGCCCGACGUUUGUGAACAAGGGGUUCAUCGCAACGCGCCUGGUGAAUGAAUACGGGACAGCACCGGGAGAGCCGCCGGACUUUGUCCUGUGCCUGGGCGACGACUUUACCGACGAGGACAUGUUCCGUGCCCUGCGCAAUUCCGACCUCCCACCCGAGCAUGUCUUCUCCGUGACGGUGGGCGCGAGCUCGAAGCAGACCCUGGCCAGCUGGCACCUGUUAGAACCAGCUGACGUGAUUGCGACAAUUGGGUCAUUGAACAGCAGCUCGAUAACUGCGGAGUACUAG